UUCCUUUGGCCCAAAGAAGAAAACCUUGUGGCAUGGGUCCUUCAUACCCACAAAAAAGUGUUCGCUUGGAAUGAGCAAGAAAUGGGUUUAUUUCACAGUGAUUACUUCGACCCAGUCCAAAUUCCGAUGAUUGAACAUAUACCCUGGCAACAGAAGAAUAUUCCGGUGCCUCCCGCUUUACUGCCAAAGGUCUUGAAGGCCUUGCAAGACAAGCUAAAUGCAGGAAUAUACAAACCCUCCCAAUCCUCCUACUGA